CGAAUUCGUGCGUCGGCCGGUCGAGUUGUGUGCCAAACGCUUGGCACCUGUCGCCCCACACGUGUUGCGUUCCACUUGCGCUGCGCGUCUCCUUCGACCUCACCCGCGUACACCGCGGCGUAUGCGUUACGUUACGUAUUGUAUGGUGCAGCCACUGCGAAAUAAUAUCUGAUUGUUUUAGUUAUGUGAGCCGCAGAGUGGAGUGCCCCAGAGCCAGUACUUCAAGCACCAGCAGUGAUUUAACUCAUAUUAAAGUGUAGAAAAAAUACGAAAAAGAAGUGUGAACUUGCGGGCCAUAAGAAUGAUAAAUUGUUUGCCCUGUUUUGCUAGAAGGCGAAACACCAUCAAUGUGAGUGCUGCGGACUGUGUGCUCUUCCACUAGAGCUCCGUGCCGCUCGGGGGCAAUGAAAUCGCGGAAGCUGCCAAAGGGCUUCGUGCUUUGUGGCCUCAACUGUUUGACCUUCGUCUACUUCCCGCUCGUCCUGCCCAUCCUGCGAUGCUCGGCCGGAGCAGCAGCAGGAGCGUCCGGCGGGUCAGGGGGCUCAAAGACCGCCGACGACUUCGACUUCCGGAUGCAGCGAGUGCGCAAUGUCCUGAAGGAAGUGCCCCUAAUCGACGGACACAACGAUCUGCCGUGGAAUAUCCGCAAGUUCCUCAAGAACCAGCUGAAGGACUUUCACUUUGGCGGCGACCUGCGGGAGUUGGCUCCCUGGUCUUCGAGUGCCUGGAGUCACACGGAUCUGCGCCGUCUCAAGGAGGGCAUGGUCUCCGCCCAGUUCUGGUCCGCCUACGCCCCCUGCUCAUCCCAGCACCUGGAUGCAGUGCAGCUGACCCUGGAGCAGAUCGACCUGAUCCGGCGACUGGUCCAGCUGUAUCCGCAUCACAUGGCGCUGGUCACGACGGCCUCGGGAAUCGAACAGACCCAUCGGACUGGCAAGAUCGCCAGUCUCAUUGGCGUGGAGGGCGGACAUGCCAUCGGCACCAGCCUGAGUGUCCUGCGAAUGUUCUACCAACUGGGCGCCAGAUACCUGACUCUCACACACACCUGCAAUACACCUUGGGCGGACUGCUGCAAAGUUGACGAACCGGGGAAGUACCCGCACAUAGGCGGCCUAUCGCAGUUUGGCAAGCUGGUGGUCAAGGAGAUGAACCGACUGGGCAUGAUUGUUGAUCUGUCGCACGUCUCGGUGCCCACGAUGCUGGACGCCCUGGCCGCCUCGAGGGCCCCGCUAAUAUUCUCGCACUCCUCGGCGCACGCCAUCUGCAACAGUUCCCGCAACGUUCCCGACCAUGUCCUGCAGCGCAUUGCAAUAAACGGCGGUCUGGUUAUGGUGGCCUUCUAUCCGCAUUUCGUCAGCUGCUCGGGACAGGCGACAUUGCACGAUGUUGUGGCGCACAUCAACCACAUAAGGGAGGUGGCCGGCAUCGAUCAUGUUGGCAUUGGAGCUGGCUACGACGGAGUCAACUUAGUGCCCAAAGGACUGGAGGAUGUGUCCAAAUAUCCGCAUCUUUUUGCUGCCCUGCUCGAGUCUGAUAAAUGGUCGGAGGAGGAUAUUGCCAAGUUGGCUGGCAGGAAUCUAAUACGUGUAUUCAAGGAAGUCGAAGCGGUGCGCGAUCAGAUGGAACUUCUGCGAGUGGCACCCAUUGAUCAGUCAAUUCCAGCCGAAGACAUUAUGGGCCGAUCCUAUUGUCGUUAUCAAGGACCAAGAACGUGAUAAUUUCUCCAUUUGUAGAGCUCACCCAUACGCACACAGCGUCUCAUUCAUCGCAGCCCCGUGGCGAAAAUGGCAAAAAAUUAUGUCAAGCGUACGUGUUGUAAAGUGAAACUUGUUUUAGGUUAAUUGACAAAGUUUUCCUCCUCUGAUGUUUUUGUUUUUGUGAUUGUUUGUGUGUUUGUGUGUGGCAUGAUGCUGCACAAACGCAUGCCCACCACACACAUUCGCAAAAAACGCCGACAUUUUGCAAUCGCUCAGAGUCGAGCAGCUGGCCAACUGCUGUUGCUGCACUGAGAAAAACAAAUUAAAUAGAUUCAAAAUCACUUUUAAAUUUUUUUAUAAUUUAGAUACAAUCUUAGUUACUCAACGUCAUCUCGACAUUAUGGUAAGAAACCUUCCCUUUCUAAUUUAUUGUUAAUAUAAUUUUGACUAAUUCAUGACCAACCAGUGAAAUUUAAGACUCAUUAUUAUGUAGAAAACUUUUUACAAAGGGGUUUAUUUUUGAC